AUGGCAAAUAUACAAUUCAAAGUCGAUUUAUUAGAAGAUCAGAAUUCCAAACUUAUAGCUGAGAUUGCAGAAUUAAAAAGAGAAAAGGUCGAAUUCUUAGCUAAGGAAGCGAGGUCUAUGGCUAGAAUAAUAGAAUUGGAACAAUUCAUAAAAGAGAAGUUUAGAUCCAAGAUAGCAAAAUUAGAAUACAUCAUUGAGGAAAACAGACUCAAAAUAUCCCGCUCCGAAGAAAAUUGUAACAAAACUAUUACUAAUAAACAGGAUAUACCUCCUACAGAAGAAAUUCUGCCCACAUCAUCUGAGAACAAUUUUGACU